UAAUAGUUUUAAAAUCAUGGUAUGAUGUUUAUGAGUUAUUAAGGUUAUUGUUUUUAUGAUUUUAAGCAUAUUAAUUAUGGUUUGGCAAAGUUUUAAACUAUUUUAUAUUGCUGGAAUUUUGAAAAGGGAUGCUUUAUUGGAGUUUAUGAUAAUUGGUGAUCAUUAGUGUAGUAAUCACUAUUCUAGGAAGUUAAUUAAUUAAGUUUCGAGGUUGGGAAAUGUUCAAAAUAUGUUUAGGAUGUAUUUAGAAUACUUUAGUAUUGCUGUAAAUUGUUGAAUAUUGAUUGGGGGAUUUUAUUGGUUGUUUUUAGGCGGAGAAUUCUUUAUAGGCGAUUUUUGAAUUCGUUAAAGUGGCCUAUCAGUUUGUUUACACAAGGAAUAAAAUGUUUCUUUCCAAGUAUACCAACAUAGGAUCCUUCGAGAAACUUGAUAUAGAAACCCCUGAUAUUUACGUGAAGAAAAUUGUGUUUGGAUGUGAAUAUUAUGCUAAAGUUCAAGGGCAACCUAUCUUAAUGAGAAAGGAUAUCAUAGCAGCCACUAUCAUUAAUUGCUUACCUAACAAAUUUCCAUACCUAGAACUCAAGGAAAAGUUUAAAGACAUGCAUUCUGAUAAUGGAACUCCAAACUUGGCUAAGUAUGGAACUUGGGAUGGUAGAUGGAAAUAUGAUUCAGAAAUUCUGACCACCGUUAUUGAAGCGGCAGAAAGUGGGUUUAGAGACGGUAAAAUCGUAGGGAGUCAUGUUGGGGAUUCAGUUACAGAAGAACCUAUGGGAAUUAGUGUAAAUAAUGACCUAGAGGAAAAUGAUGUAGCUGUGGAGAAUGAGAAUGUAGGUGUUGAGGCAGAGAAUCCUAACCCAACGGCUCAUGAGCCAACCAUUGAGAUCUCUAGUGAUUCGGAUGCAGAGUUCGAAAGUGAACAGGAGAUGGCAAGUGAGCCUAAUCAAGAUGAAGACAUGGGUGAAGAUGCAAACCCUGAGGAAGACCCCGAUGAAGACCCUGAAGAAGAGUUCGAUGAUCUUGAGAUCUAAAUUUCACUCCGCAAGUUUCAGGAGCAAUGGAUAGGCAAGAGGCCACAAAUAUUUUGAAGUCAUAAAUAGUUAAUUAGCUCUUUUAUGUUUUAAAGAAUAAGUAGCAAAGCUACAACUGUUUAAGGUUUAAGUUUAUUGAAGUUUGAAAUGUUCUUUAUUAUUUUCAAGGAUGUAAUAAACCUCUA